GCAGCGCAGCCGUGCUGCAUGGAGCCAGGAGACGGAUCUCCCAGGAUGAAAAAGCUUAAAGUUCGCAGGGCUCUCCAGGAAGGAUCGCGCCGAGAAGGACCAUGGCGGAAAUGUUUCUCAACUGUUUCUCCUUUGUUUUCUGAAUGAUUUUGCCGCCAACCACUUGGAGGUACAGAACUUGCCACCAACAUGAUCUGGGGUGUUUUGUUAUGCUGCCUUCUGACACCGGCCGCUGGAUACCAAUCGCCGGAGCGGCUGCCUUUCUUUCACGGGCAUGUUUUUGAAAACUCGCCAGUGGCUUCUAAAGUAAACGGACUUAGCAUUCCGGUGAGGCGCAUCAACGCGCAAAAAUGGUGCCCGUUCUCCGGGAUGCACUUCAAACUGUACGGGAACGGGAGUGAAGAUUUCCGCGCUUUCGCCCACCACAACCGGGGAAAUAUAUUGCUGAAAACUUCCAGGGUUUUAGACAGAGAGACUCGCUCAGAAUACCUGCUGGGCAUCGGUCUGUGCUGCCAGACCUGUGCGUCAGAGGCGGUCGUUUUCCAGGUUGCGUCGGUAAAAGUGGACGUUUUGGAUACCAACGAUCACGAGCCCACUUUUCGCACUGCAGACUCUGUUCACAUAAGUUUAGACGACACCACGGCUCUCCGCAGCGUAGUUUACAGGCUGGAGGCUUUCGAUUUGGACAGUGGGAAAAACGCAGAGUUAACCUACAUCUCCGUCCCCAAAAAUGGCAGUUUCUAUGUUGUCCCGAAAACAGGUGAAGUUUUGCUGGUCGAUUCUAUCCUGGGGCUCCCCUCUGAGGUCAGAUUCUAUGUGUAUGCCAGAGACCACGGAUGGCCCCCUCUGACCAGCAGACCCGUGCUGGUGAUCAUCGCUCCACAGCGGUGGUCGACGCGCCCCGCUGCGCGGUCAGUGCGGGCAGGGCGCGCGCCCCGGGCUUUGCUUGACCCCGGCGCCCUGCUCUCCCUCAACGUCUCCGAAGACGCCAACAUCGGCUCGCUCAUAAUGAGCCUGAGUCCCACCAGGUUUCAGUCAUCCAGCUACGAGUUGAUUUACCCCGAGCCAGAGAGCUCCCCGGUCUCCGUGGGCCGAGACAGCGGAGAUGUGACCAUAACCAGGAGGCUGGACAGGGAGACGGAGCCUUUCCUGGAGCUCACCGUUAAGAUUCAGGAUAAACGAGGCCCAGACUGGUACCUGAACAAGGUGAAGCUGAAGAUCACUGAUGUCAAUGACAACGUCCCUGAGUGGAAUAUGAAGCCGUACCCUUACCUGGCAGUGGUGUCCCCCGAGGCCCCCGCAGGAACGUUUGUCUACCAGCUGCAGGCUCAUGAUGGGGAUGAGGGCAAAAGUGGAGACGUGGAAUACUUUCUGUCGGAUGGCGGUGACGGCUGCUUCGCUGUAGACAAGAAGACGGGCCAGGUGGUGACCACGGGGCUGGUGCUCCAGAGGGAGAGGGAGUACUUGUUAAGUGUGGUGGCCCUGGACGGCAUGGGGAGCCGCAGCGCUCCCGCCAUGCUCUCCGUGGUGGCGGGAGCCAGAGCGCCGCAGUUCACCAACGCCAGCUACGCCAUCUCCAUCCCUGAGAACACACCCGAAGGACAGCCCUUCCUGGUGGUGUUUGCCAUUUCCUUCCAGAAGCAGCAAAUCAGUUACAGUCUGCUGAUCAAUCCCAGCAGCCUUUUCAGCAUCCGGCAGGAGACCGGGGAGAUCAGCCUGACGAGGACGCUGGAUUACGAGAGCGACCAGCGCCGCUACCUGCUGAUGGUGCGGGCCAGCGAGGAGCCCGGCAGCCUCAGCACGGCCACCGAGGUUCAGGUGUUGAUAACGGAUGAGAAUGAUUGUGUCCCUGAGUUCCUCCAGUCCAUCUACAGUGUGGAUGGAGUCCCUGAGACUGUAACCACCGCAACAUCCCUGCUGCAGGUGUUAGCCACGGACUGCGACUCGGGGUUAAACGCAGAGCUCACCUAUUACACCCUGAGCCCAGACUUCAGCAUCUCACCACACGGGACCGUCUUCCCCGCGAGCCGGCUGGACUACGAGCGUCCGAACCAUCUGUAUGAGUUCGUGGUGAUGGCGGUGGACAGCGGGGACACGCCUCACUCCGGCACGGCCACGGUCCGCGUGAGGAUGGCCAACGUCAACGACGAGGCCCCCGAGUUCUCCCAGCCCGUAUAUCGAACAUUUGUUUCUGAGGAUGCAGGCCCCAACACCCUCGUGGCGACCGUCCUCGCCAAAGACCCAGAUGGUGACGGUAUAAUCUACUCCAUAACAGCAGGCAAUGAGGAAGGAAACUUCGUCAUUGACAGCCAGAAAGGGCUGAUCCGUCUCCGCUCCACCCCCCUGCCAAAGCUUCAAGGCUUGGAGUAUGUCCUGAAUGUGACGGCCACAGACGACAAUGCAUCAGGUGGGCUCCACCCUCUCUCCUCCUCCGCAAAAGUCAUAGUCGGGGUCGAUGACGUUAACAACAAUAAACCUGUAUUUGAGGAGUGCCAGCAAUAUCGCGAGCAGGCUUCAGUACUGGAGAACCAGCCGACGGGGACUUUUGUGUUGCAAGUGCAUGCUGUGGAUGCAGAUGAGGGGGCAAAUGGAAAAGUCAAAUAUGGCUUAAUGCACAGAGACAGCGCCAUGCCCGCAUUCAGAAUCCAUCCAGACACAGGAGUGAUCGUGACAUCCAGACGCUUCGACAGGGAGCGGCAGAGAGAGUAUUCAAUUACCGUAACAGCUACUGAUUGGGCCGAGGAGCCACUCAUCGGCAUCUGUCAGCUCACCAUCCAGAUACUGGACCAGAAUGAUAACAGCCCCAAGUUUGAGAAUUUACGCUACGAGUAUUUCCUGAGAGAAGACACUUUGGUCGGGACCAGCUUCCUCCGGGUGGCGGCUCACGACGACGACUUCGGCACUAAUGCGGCGAUCACUUACUCCAUGUCCCUGGAGCAGCCCGAGUACCUGCAGGUCAACCCCGUCACCGGCUGGGUGUACGUUAACCAGCCCAUAUCACAGAGGACCUACAUCACGCGGGACAUCAUAGCGGCCGACGGGGGGAACCGAAACACGUCGGUGGAGCUGGCCGUCACCAUCACCAACGUGAAGAACCAGCCUCCGCAGUGGGAGCAGGACAGCUACAGCGUCGUCAUCGCUGAAAACACGGCCAGAGACACGCCCAUCGCGACGAUCAAAGCCACUUCUCAGCUGGGUGACCCCAGGGUGACGUACAACCUGGAGGACGGGAUGGUCCCCGAAACCAACAUGCCGGUUCGUUUCUACCUCUCCCCCAACCGCGAGGACGGCUCUGCUUCCAUCCUGGUGUCCGAGCCGCUGGACUACGAGACCACGCCGUUCUUCUCCCUCCGUGUCCGAGCGCAGAAUGUGGCUGCGGUGCCGCUCGCGGCGUUCACCACCGUUUACGUCAAUGUUACAGACGUGAACGACAACGUGCCGUUUUUCACAUCUUCCAUCUACGAGGCGUCGGUAACAGAAGGAGCCCAGAAAGGGACCUCGGUUCUCCAAGUGUCUGCUCACGACAAAGACCUGGGUCUUAACGGAGAGAUCACUUACACUCUGCUGAGUGACAGCAGUGGCGACCACCACCUCUUCCGUAUUGACCCCGAGUUUGGGAUCAUUUACACAGAAGCGGUGUUCGACCGGGAGGCCCGGAGCUCCUACUUGCUGGAGGUUCAGUCAGAAGACGGACAGGAGUCAGCACGACCCGGCAAGAAUAAACAGCCCAACACAGACACAGCGUAUGUGAGGGUUUUCAUCAGCGACGUCAACGACAACAAGCCGCUCUUUGCUCAGCGGCUGUAUGAAGUCGGCGUUGAUGAGAAUGCAGAUGUGGGCCUCGCCAUUGUCACCGUUAGCGCUAAUGAUGAGGAUGAAGGGGCCAACGCCAAGCUGCGCUACCAGAUAACAUCUGGCAACAAAGGUGGUGUUUUUGACAUCGAGCCAGAAGUGGGGACGAUUUUCAUUGCACAGCCGCUGGACUACGAGCAGCAGAAGAGAUACAAACUCCUGGUCCUCGCCUCGGACGGCAAGUGGGAAGACUAUGCCGCGGUGGUGGUGACAGUGGUUAAUAAGAACGACGAGGCGCCCGUGUUUUCCAUGAACGAGUACUAUGGAUCCGUCACAGAGGAGCUUGAUGGAUCACCCGUGUUUGUGCUACAAGUGACGGCGACUGACCCAGACAAAGAUGCAGACCAGGGCGCCAUACGGUAUUCCAUCCAUGGUCAAGGGGCAGAGUCGCAUUUUAUGAUCAACGACAUCACGGGGGAGAUGUAUGCCCAGCGCACCAUGGACCGAGAAGAUCGCGCUGUCUGGCGCUUUGUUGUCAUGGCGACGGACGAGGAGGGCGAGGGACUCACUGGCUUUACGGAUGUUAUCAUCAAUGUGUGGGACAUAAAUGACAAUGCCCCCACCUUCUCCUGCGCACCUGAUAAUUGCCACAGCAGCGUAGCAGAGAACUCCCCUCCCGGAACGUUUGUUGUGGAAAUGACGGCAGUGGACCUUGACGACGCAGCCGUGGGCCAAAAUGCAAUCCUCACCUACCGGAUCACUGAGAAUGCACAAAACACAAACAGCGAGGACCUUUUCGCUAUUGAUUCCAGCACUGGCACCAUAUCUGUGGCAGCCGAGGGUCUGGACCGAGAGCGAGCUGACAGCCACCGACUGCUGGUGGAGGCCAGGGACGGCGGGGGGAUGACAGGCACAGCGACCGUCACCGUGCUCGUAACGGACAUCAAUGACCAUGUGCCAAAGUUUAAAGAGGACUGGUGCGGCGCUCACGUACCUGAGAGCACAAAUGAAGAUGCUUCUAUUCUGGAGCUGAGUGCUUUGGACCCUGACGCUGGCAGAUAUGGACAUCUGGCUUUCAGUGUGGUGGCAGGAGACACAGAGCAGCGAUUCUACACGGUCAGUCACCGGCUGGAGCAGACGGGCGUUCUGAAACUGAAGAAAAAGCUGGACUUUGAACAGCCUGGAGAGCAGCGAUUUAACCUGACGGUCAAGGUGGAGGAUUCGGACUUUUCGAGUCUCAUCCACUGCGUGAUUGUGGUGGAGGACGAGAAUGACAAUGCCCCUGUGUUCACCCCGAGCUCUCACCUGCUGCCACCUCUGCCCGAGGACGCGAGUGUGGGGACCAGCGUCAUUCAGGUCGUGGCCACAGACUCUGACUCGGGACAGAACGGGGACGUUUUCUACCACAUCCUCCCACAGUCGGACCCUUAUGAACAGUUCUCAGUCAGCCGUGCUGGCGUCGUCACAGUCCUGCGGCCGCUGGAUCGGGAGACGGUGGCCGGUUACGAGCUGGUCGUACUGGCGACGGACCGCGGCGCCCCGGCGCUGACUGGCAGCGUCACGGUCCAGUUGCCGCUGCUCGACGUGAACGACAACGGGCCAGAGUUGGAGGCAGACUACUCUCCUGUGCUGUGGGAGAACAGUCCAGCACCCCAAGUGGUCUGGCUCAACAGGACUUCCACUCUGCUUCACAUUAUGGACCGGGAUACAGCAGAGCACGCGGCGCCCUUCUUUCUCUCCCUGCCGCCCGCGUACGCUGUCGACUUCCACUUACAGGACCAUGGGAACAGCUCGGCCACACUCACCGCCUUGCGGCAGUUCGACAGGGAGAGGCAGAAAGAGUACCUUUUGCCUCUGAUCAUGACUGACAGCGGCGUUCCCCCAAUGACAGCCACAAACACGCUCACCAUCACAAUAGGCGACCAGAACGAUAAUGCCCAUCAGGCAGGAGAGAAAGACGUCUAUGUGCACAGCCGCAAGGGAAGGAUGGCAAACGCAGCACUGGGGAAGGUGUAUGCCCCAGAUCCAGAUGACUGGGACAACAAGACAUACACUCUGGAGACGAGCGCAGCCAAAUACUUCAGCCUGAACCAGAGCUCGGGAGUCCUCAGCGUUCGGCAGAACGCGCCGGCGGGCAGCUACUGGCUGAGGGUCGGAGUGUCUGACGGGGUGUGGCCCGACGUGUUCUCGGGGGUUCGAGUUCAUGUCAGAGAGCUGGAGGAAAAGGCCAUCCUGUCCGCCGCCUCACUGCGUCUGACCGGCAUUACGGCGAGAGAUUUUAUCGACUCUCGUGUCGAGGGGAAGAGUCGGCUGGAGGCGUUCUGGGACUUCCUGUCUGAUGCCCUGUCCGUCAGACCGGCCAGCAUCAACAUUUUCAGCAUCGCAGACAAAGAGGAGAAAACGGUGGACAUCCAUUUCUACGUGCGGACUGAUAGCGGCUACCUGCGCCCGGAGAAACUGCACGCUAUCCUCGCCACACAUAAAAAGAAGCUGCAGUCACUCCUGCGUGCGAAUGUGAAGCAGGUGCAGGUAGAUGAGUGUGUGCGCACGGACUGCAAGACAUCCGGCGGCUGCUCCACGCAGUUAAGCGUCAGCGACUGGCCCACUGUGAUAGACUCAGGUGCUUUAUCCCUGGUCUCAGUGAAGGUGACGUCCCUGGCCGUGUGUGGCUGCGCUGCCAGAGAAAUGACCCGUCAGCCCUGCUCCUCCUACCCCACUAACCCCUGCCUUAAUGGGGGGACCUGCGUCGACACCCAGAACGGCUACAGGUGCCACUGCCCCCCGCAGCUCGAGGGGCCAGACUGUCAGCAGACGAGCCUCAGUUUCCUUGGCAACGGCUAUGCCUGGUUUCCCCCCAUAAGGCCAUGCUUUGAUAGCCAUCUUUCACUGGAGUUUAUGACGGACGAAGACGACGGCCUGCUACUGUAUGCCGGCCCACUGGCCACUCUCCUGCCUGGGGACAGCGAGGACUACAUGGCCAUAGAGCUCAUUGGCGGGACGCCGAGCCUGAAAAUCAACCACGGUUCCGGGACCCUCGUUCUUCAGCUAACAAAUAACGUCGGGGUGGCGGACAGACGCUGGCAUCGCCUUGAUGUGCGGAGCAACAGUAAAGAGGUGCGCUUCACGCUGGAUCGAUGUGCCACUGCGAUCGUCAUGGAGACGGAAGGCGUGGACUCAUGGGCGAUGACAGAGGACCGCUCAUCCUGUGAAAUUCGAGGGGUCACACCCAACCGAGAGAAGUAUCUGAAUGGAAGUCUAAUACUGCAGCUUGGUGGGGUCAAUGAGAACAUUUCUUACGAAUACCCGCAGCUGCAGCACAAACACUACACAGGAUGUAUCAGGAAUCUGCUCGUGGACAGCAAGCUAUACGACCUUGGCUCCCCUGCUAAAUCAUCCAGCACUUUGCCAGGCUGCACUCUCGUCGAUGACCGCUGCACCAACAUGGAGCACCUUCCCUCGUGUGGCAAGAGGGGGCGCUGUCACGGGGAGCGAGGCUUACUCAGCUGCCUGUGUGAAAAGGGCUUCACGGGGCCACAGUGUUCCCAAGUGGCUCCCGAGUUCUCCUUCGACGGCCGGAGCCACGUUCAGUUCCAGCUCCUGUGGUCCCUGCCCGCUCGACGGACUAACGUCCAGGUUGGAGUUCGGACCCGCGCCGCCGCCGGUGUCAUCCUCAGCCUGCUCUCCCAGGAGCAGAAUGAAUACCUGCGCUUGGAGAUGUUUCAGGGUCUGCUCGCCGUUCUCUACAACCUCGGAGAUGGAGACUAUAACGUGACACUGCCCUACCAGCGCCUGGAUGACGGAGAAUGGCACGAAGUGGAGCUGGAUCGCUACGGCAGAGAGUUCACCCUGCGACUGGACGGAGGCGGAGGGCGGCGCGAGGUCACAGCCUCGCCCGGUCAAAGUCAGGAAAUCAUUAUCGACCCCUCGGCGGUGAUGUUCGGAAACUCUUUUCCGUCGGGACACAACAGGAGCUUCCUCGGCUGCUUACGAGAUCUGAGAUUCAACGGCCGCUCGAUUCCUCUUGACUGGGAGCAGGCUUCGGAGGGCCUUCAAGUGGUCACCUCGCAGGGUGUUUCUGUCGGCUGCUCGUCGGAUGCCUGCAGGAAGCACCACUGCUCCCCUCCUCUGGUGUGCGUGGACCUCUGGAGACACCACGAGUGCAGGUGCCCUCCGGGCCACAUGACCAAGGAGAGCUCCCAGGGCAAGGUGUGCGUGUACACGCUGUGCGCCAGCCGGCCCUGCCGCCACGGCACCUGCGUGGCUCACUCGCCGUCCCGCUACUCGUGCCACUGCAGCGAGGGCUACCGGGGGCGGCACUGCGAGGUGACGCUCGCCAUGUUCCACAACAAGGACGGCAACAGCCUCAGCCUCAGCUCCAUGUUCGCCAUCAGCAUCUGUGUCAUGGCCUUCCUGGUGUUGAUGCUGGGCCUGUUCCUCUACUCCUGCUGGAGGAGGCACAAAGGCCUGAAGGAAGGAGUGUACCAUGUGUCUGCGCACCACGGCGAGUGGGAGGACAUCCGAGAGAACGUGCUCAACUACGACGAGGAGGGCGGAGGGGAGCAGGACCAGAACGCCUUCAACAUGGUGGAGCUGCAGCGCUCCCUCCAGCCCAGCCCCGCUCAGUCGCUGCGCUACAGCUACCCUCAGAGCAUCAUCUCCUACCCGCAGACCAAGCUUCCCCAGGACGGCAGCAAGAAAGGGACGUGCAACGGGAACGGCAACGCGGCCAUCGCCCUGCGCCUGGCCAUCCCCCCCUCGGAGACGGAGACCCUGCCGUCCCCUCUGACCUUCCGCCGCUCCCAGAAAGCCCUCUCCUUCUCCAGCCAGGACUUGGCCCGCUACCUGUGCGAGGUCAUCAGGGACAUGGAGCACCCGGAGGAGCUCGGCACCAUGACCACGCCGCGCCGCCCCUCCCGGAAGGAGCGCGGCCUGGCGGCGGUGCGCUCGCUCAGCUCGCUCACCGCAUCUCAGGGUUCAGAAGCGAGGCUCCAGGCGGCCCAGGGCACCCGGCUCGAUAGGUUCAAAACCCUCCGAGCCGUGGUUAGCGAUUUAAGAGGAGACUCCAAGAGUCCGGAGGGGCAGAGAGACAAACUGAAGGAGAGCAGAGGCCAGCUGAACUGUGAGAAGAGCGGCUGAGGCUCAACUCCGAGGAACAGAACUGAAGGUUGCAAAAAAGAAAGA